AAACGAUUCUGCCAUAAAUGGAACGCUCCGUAUAGUUGAAAUUCAUUUUCGAACGUUCAAUAGGAUUUACUGGUGUGAAGCAUUCACCAUGUAUUUAGCGUUUAGCUUUCUUGUUUUUUCCCUAUUGGGUUCAGGACAUGGCAGUGUAAUUCCAACUGAAGCAUGCAUAAGGACAUUGUAUGUCAGCGACACGGCCUUGAUCAAUGUAGCAGAGCACGAAAAUUGUAUCCUGCAAAUUGAUACAGACCAAAAUCAUAUCCUUAGGUUUUCCCUCGCGCACGGUGAACAUUUUGAGCGUGCCCAAGAAUUUGUCUCCAUUUAUGAUGGAAUUGAUGAAGACUCCCCCAUCAUUCGACUAGAGAAUCAGAUACGCCACGAAGUCGGGCUAACGCACGCAGAAUUAAUAGAUUCCGUCUACACCACGAAUUCGGUAGCUCAUUUACGAUUGAAGAAGAAGCCAACUUUAAGUUUGAAACUGAAAAUUGAAAAGGCUGUUUAUUGCCCAUUCAAUUUGGGAUCGGAAAGCCAAUGUGGCCGCGUAGUGGACGGUAAUGCCUGUUACUGCGCAACUUUUACCAAGAGAGACCAGGCCAAUCAAACGACUUAUUGCAGAGACAACGGCAUGAAAUUGCUGUCCAUUCAAGACCUCAACGAAGAGGAAAAAUUGUAUGCUGCUUGGGGUACCUUGGUUUACUUUUGGACUUCUGCUUCCCAUAACACAACUUCUGGAACCUGGCGUUGGGAGAGCACAAUGGAAAAUAUUUAUCCUGGCUACACCAAUUGGGCUCCGUUUGAACCCAAUAAUACUCUAAAUGAUGGAAACUGCAUGGCCAUGAAAAAUGGCUGGUACGAUGACCCUUGUGUUAAUUUGUACGACGCUAUCUGUGAAUUACAGCCAGAAGAUGUCCCUAGUUCAACCACAGAAUCUUAUUACACUAGUGACCCUGCUUUUACAUCAUUUUCUACAUUCAGUAACCAAGAUUAACUAAGAUGUAUUCUCUGUUUUUUUUUGGUGGGCUAUACAAGAAAAUUAACCUGCACAAAUCCAGUGUCAUGAAACGUGAAAAAUACAUGCACCUUAUCAGAACAGCUGAGAAAACUA